AUGGCCGGUAAUAACGAAGAUCCCUCGUCAAUAGACGCUGCAAUUCUCAAGAAAAACGACAUCUCGAUCGUUCCUCCGUCAAGAAACACCGUUUCUCGAGACGGUGUCACAGCGUCCCCGUCCCCUAAAGAUCUUCAAGAUGAUCAAUCUCAUCAUUUCGAAGAUACCAGCGGGAAGGACAACCACGAAGAAAGUCUGGGCAACCCCUUUCUCUCCAAAGGACAGCCUCCUCAGGACCAGACCAUAAACGCUGUCUUAGCUGCUCUUGCCCAGACCAAUGCGCUCUUACAACAACAAAGUAACCGGAUCGAAGCCCUCGAGCAGAAGCGCCGCUCAAAAACUCCCCCCGAUCACAAAACUCGUUCUCGACAUGAGAUGAUCACCAAGAAACGCCCACGUUCCCCUUCUUCCAGGGAGAAGGUGAAUCCUUCCUCCAAGAAAGGGUCAAGCGAGCAACGUCCCCGACACCGUUCACAGUCCCCUCGGCCAAGAAGGAAAUCUAGAUCACCUCCGGCCAAGCACGAAGACAACCGGAGGCGACGCAGGCAUAGCCAGAGCCGAUCUUUUUCUCCAUCCGCCAGCGACGACGAAGAGGAGCGCCAUGGUCCUCUAUCCCAGUCAAUCUUAGAGGCUCCCUUGCCAACCGGUCUCGAAAAACCCCCUCCGUUAGGGACCUACGACGGGAUCACGGAUCCGGACGAGCAUAUUGAGAACAUUGACGCCCUUCUCGACUAUAGAGGAGUGCCCGGUGCCAUUAAAUGCCGUUUGUUCCCUACCACCCUGCGAAAAGGAGCCAUGACUUGGUAUAAAAGUUUGCCGGACGAGUCCAUCACAUCAUGGAGGGUGCUUGGGAAACUUUUUUCCAGACAUUUCACGGCUUCCCGAAGACAUCCAAAAUCAGAAGCCUCCUUGGAGGCCAUUAUCCAAGGAAAGGACGAGUCCCUACGGGCGUACAUAGAAAGAUUCAAUAAAGAAGCCGUACAGGUAUCCACCACUGUCCAAAUGAAGAAGUUCUUGCUCGAGCGCGGCCUCCGACCACGCUCGGACUUCGCUAAAGCCGUCGGAAUUGAAACUCCAACCACUCUGGACGAAUUCUUCCUCAAAGCCCAAGCCUACAUUCAAUAUGAGGAGAAAGAAGCUGCCCACGCCGUCCGCAAUUCCAGGCACGAAGAGAGCAGUAAAAAUACGCGCCAAGAUGAAUCUCGCCGGGGAACUGACAAAAAGAAAGAUGAUAAAACUCGAGACCCCAAGGACUACAAAGCCCCAACGAGAAAAUUCCGAGAGUACACCCCGCUAAACGCCUCAAGAGAGCGCAUCUUGAACGAAUGCGUGAACGCCGAGUUUCAGACGGGCAAGGUCCGAUUCCCUAAGAGCAUGCCCGCCCGGCCAAACGUUGAUAAAUCAAAAUUCUGCAGAUUCCACAAAGGCCACGGGCACAACACCGAAGAUUGCAUCCAUCUUAAAGAUGCCAUAGAGAUAUUAAUCAGGGAGGGACAUCUGAAACAGUAUGCGAAGAAGCAAGAGGCUGCUAGAGAAGCUAAACCAGUCACAGAGGAAAAGCCGGCGGAAGAUACGCCCGCCAUGCAAGUGGCCAUGAGCGUUACCAGGCCGGAAGAUUUUUACCUCCCUGACUGGGCAAACGCAGCAACCACCUAUUCCUCCCAUAGCACAUGGGAAAGGUUCCCGUCCGCAAUGGUUAUAUCAGGCGGGGGUUUCAGCAAACUGACCAUCGGAUCUGUGAAACGCAAGUUCGACGAGCUAAUCUCGGCCAGCGCGAACAUAGCUUCGGCCUUCAACCACGCCAAAGGCAGUCCCUCCUCAAUAUCUUUCUAUAAAGAAGAGUUACCCGGAGGAGCACCUAACGCGACCAUCCCUCUCCUCAUCCGAGCUCGGAUGGCUAAUUUUGACGUGCGACGCAUAUUGGUCGACCAGGGAAGUUCAGUGGACAUCAUGUACUCCUAA